CCCAAGCCUCGUCGCUCCUCGGAACACACGCCCACUUUCAGCACUUUCAGCUCUCCUGAAACGAAGGUCCCUCGGCAGCCAUGACGACCACCGUCACCACCGGAGUGUUGGCAGGGACCGCUGGCGGCGCAGGACUCGCAGGACUCGCCGUCGCAGGAGCUGUAGGUUUGGGCGUCCUGGGUUUGGCCGCCCUCGCCUCCAGAGGCGGAGGACGCAGGAAUCGAGGAGGCAGGAGGAAGGGGCACCGCAGGGGGCGUCGCUCCGUGGACGACGCCGAGGACUGGAGGAUGCAGAACGCCCUCGAGUUGGUGCGAGCGGAGGACGUGACAGGAUGCGGCAUGAGGCUGGUGUGCGAGCUGGCCGGCCAGGAGGAGGAGGAUCUGGUGCAGGAGGAGCUGACCCUGCUUCACUUUGGUCUGUUGCAAAUCCGUACUGAAUAG